AUGAAGAUCUUUAGAGCUAAGAACGAAUCUCUAGUAGAACAGAAUCUUGAUUGCUGUAUUAUAGGCAUUCCAUCACAGAUCUUGGUAAAGCCUUAUGUGGAUUUCAACAAAACACAACACUACGAAUACAAAGAAAAUCAUACUUCUGCAAGGUUACCACUCCUGCUUGGAUGUAGGGCAAAGGAGCAGGGGACCGUUGCGGACCGCGUGAAGGUGAGCGUGUAUUUCGAGUCCCUGUGUUCUGACUCGAUGAGAUUCUUCAAGAACCAGCUCUAUCCUGUGUGGAAGGACCUCCAGGACAUCAUCGACCUUGAGUUCAUCCCCUUCGGCAAGGCCAGGGCAAUUCCGACAGAAACGGGCGACUAUGAAUUCGAGUGCCAGCACGGACCCGACGAGUGCUUCGGGAACCGCGUUAUGUCCUGCGCCCAGAACUCCCUCCCUAUUGGCACCCAGGUCGAAUUCUUUCAGUGUAUGAUGACCAAGCGGUACCCGGCGUUCUUUGGGAAGCAGUGCAGCGAGAAAGUGGGCAUCGCUUGGACGCCCCUCCAGGAGUGCGUAGAGAGCGUGAAAAGCGCCGCUAUGCUCUACCAGAACGGCGUCCGCACUGCCUCGCUCAAGCCGCAGGUAUACUUCAUUCCGACCAUCACGAUCAACGGGAGGUAUGACAGCCGCCGGCUGCGCAUUUCCCUCAUGGCUUUGAGGAGUCAGAUUUGCGCCAGUUAUGACGGGCCGCCACACCAGAAUUGUUUGUAGAGGACUAACCUUGUCCUCCAGGUCCCGCAAGGAUCGUCACCUCGUUUUCUUGGGAUAAUGUGCAGUGUAAGUGUGAUUCUUAAAGGAGAACAGAGAAAAAGAAAACAUUUAAGCUCGUGGCAACUUGUGUGUGAAAUAUUUGCGAUUAAUGUAUAUCACUCUCCAGCUGAUACGGAAAUAGACGAUACAAUUUUUAUUACUUUCCAUCUUUAUAUGGUAAUUACCUUGUCAUUUAAAUAUUUUGAAAUCUCACCACUAACUUAGGAUUUUUAUAAUUACUUUGAUAUAAUUACUUUUCUGUCCCUCAUAAGAAUGCGAUGAAUUUGUAAAGAGGAUGUUAUUCCCUAAUAUGGGAAGUUGUCUUGUACGCUUACUAUCAUAUUUUAUUUAACUAGUGUAUCUUGAUUUUUGUUUACUUUCUUUUAUUUCGUAUUUGUUACCUCUUAAUUGUUGCUGCAAUUAUGUAUAAGGGCAUUUGAUAUUACAUUGUCUAGCUGUCUAUUCUAAAAUCGUAGACGGAUAUUACCAUGGUGUUUUUUAUACAAAAAAGUAAAAGAGCCAACUCAAACUUCUUA